AGAUCACUCCUGCUUUCCUCAAGCUGAAAGCUAAAAGCAAAGUAAACCACCAUGAGGUUGUGCCUGUGUCUCCUGCUGCUCACUCUGGCCCUUUGCUGCUAUGAGGCCAAUGCGAAGGCCUGUCCAUCCCUGGCUAGUGAAAUGAAAACCUUCCUAAAUGGUACUGACACAGGAUUGAAGAUAAAACUCGCCAAAUUUAAUGCACCAAAGGAGGAAGUUGGAGCAUUGUUGGAAGCGAAGAAAUGCACAGAUGGGAUGCCCUCAGGAGAUAGACAACUAAUUAUCAAAACAGUGGGUCAAAUACUCUCAAACUGCCAGUGAUACAUGCUAUUGUAUCCUAAAUUACACUGAUCACCUACUCUUCCUUGAAAAUGUGAAGGUUUCAACGUCUUGCUUCAAUAAAUUUCCUGU